GCAAGUCAUCGUAUUUCCGCUUCCGCGCCAUGUUGGAGUUUAUUUCUAGUGUUGUGAGGUAGAUCUUAAAAUCAUGCAAGAUAUCUGAUCCUGUUUUUAUUAUAUAUAUCUGCAGGCGUGAAGAUGACGAAUGCCUAUUCUUUUGACGGUUUACUGGUGUUCAGCGUCCUGGUCAUAUGCACAUGUGGUUACAUGAGGAGGGUGCCUCGCAUCAAGCAGUGGUUCCUCUCUGAGAAGAAGGGAUUCCUGGGAGUGUUCUAUAAAGCCUCUGUGAUAGGAACAAGACUCCACAUCCCUGUGGCAUUGACAUGUAUUCUGAUGGCAGUCUAUUUAUUACUAUUUAAAUAAGCCACAUCUGGAGCAACAUGGAAGAAAUGCAUAAUAAUAUUAAGAAGUGGACCUUAAAAUAUUAUAGGAUUGUCCAUUCCAUGUUGACAGCUUGAAGAGAGUCUGCCAGAAAAGUGUAUGGACAUAAAGGAAAACCUUGUGAAACAAAAAUGGCCAUGCAUUUAUUACUAUUCAGGUUUCAUGAACUAGCCUACUAGUAGUGUGGCUAUUGUUUUCUGAUUUUCAAGGUGAUGGUGGGUUGAAAGAGGUGAACAGCAUUUGAAGGGAGAAGACUAUGCUGUCGCCAUCUAUUGUUGGACCAUUGGAAGAAAGUGGUUAAAAAAUACGACAUGAAGAUGUAGUAAAAUGGAUGUUUAUU